GUGGCUCUUGAGGAACCGGUUCUAUGAAUCUACCCCUGCUUUAGACCUGGUCUUCUUGGUGGUUUUCAUUCGGACUGGGUGAACUCGUCGUUGCCUUACCGCCAAGAAAUUAUUUUCCAACAUUAUUUUAAAUCCAAACCGCUGGCGGUUCGCAAGCUUUUAUUUUGAAGGUGGUCAACGGGGCUCGAUGUCGGUAGAUUUUAGUCAUGCAGUGUAUUAACCAUUGGUGGCUUGACAGCAGUACGGAACUGCAGCGCGUUGAGCGAUCGACAACAGUGACGAAAUUCUCCUGAAUUUGUCUUCAACGUGCUCAAACCUCCACCCGGGGCGUCCACAAUCAUCUCGCUGGACUAAAACGUCUUUCGUUGAAGCUUUGUGUCCGAUUCAAGUCGUCUCGGUGUACAUUGGUGUUUCUCGGCCGACUUUAGCUUCGGUUAGCUUGCUAGCCGCUAACAAAGAGGCCCUCGUCCUCAACACAUCGCUGCACGGUGAUGGUCAGCGUAAAGUGCUGUUGCAAUUUUCGCACCAUGUGCACAAGAAGGACAUCAGAAUACGAGGAGGAACUUUGUAAAGUAACAGAGGACUACAAGGGACAACGUCAACUGCUGGACGCCAUUCGCAGGAUGCAGCCAAGAAUUGUUCUUUACAGAUUAGAUAUCAGCGAAGAUGCUUGUCCUGAGCGGCUGGAUGCAGAGUCCUUUCACAUGAAAGAAGAAGAGGAGAACAAAGAGGUAGAACAGCAGGUCCGAUACAUUAAAAGAGAGGAGGAGCCAGAUUACCCUUGCACGAAAGAUGAUAUCAGCAAAGAUGCUUUUCCUGAGCGGCUGGAUGCAGAGCCCUUAAACAUUAAAGAGGAAGAGGAGAACAAAGAGGAAGAACAGCAGAUCCCAAACAUUAAAAGAGAGGAGGAGCAGCUGGAUGCAGAGCCCUUUCACAUUAAAGAGGAAGAGGAGAACAAAGAGGAAGAACAGCAGGUCCCAUACAUUAAAAGAGAGGAGGAGCCAGAUUACCCUUGCAUGAAAGAUGGUGAAAACACAUCAUUAAAUGUUGAUGAUGAUGAGGAUGAAGAGUCUCAUGGUGAUCCUACAUGUCACACUGACGACAAACCCUGGAAAUGUCAGUGUGGGAAGAUGUUUACUUGUCAGAGUGCUUUGAAAAGACAUGUGAGAAUCCACACUGGUGAGAAGCCUUUUGCCUGCUCAGUUUGUGGCCAAAGAUUCUUUGAGAAGGGAACCUUAAAAAGACACACCAGAACACACACUGGUGAGAAACCUUUUUACUGCUUAGUUUGUGGCCAAAGAUUCUCUAGGAAGGGAAGUUUAAAAAUACACGCGAGAACACACACUGGCGAGAAUCCUUUUUCCUGCUUAGUUUGUGGCCAAAGAUUCUCUAGGAAGGAAAACUUAAAAUUACACGCAAAAACACACACUGGUGAGAAACCUUUUGCCUGCUUAGUUUGUGGCCAAAGAUUCUCUAGGAAGGGAAGCUUAAAAAUACAUGCGAAAACGCACACUGGUGAGAAACCUUUUUCCUGCUUAGUUUGUGGCCAAAGAUUCUCUAAGACGGGAACCUUAAAAAUACAUACCAGAACACACUCUGGCGAGAAACCAUAUUCAUGCUCAGUUUGUGGUAAAAGAUUCCCCCAUAAGGGAAACUUAAAAGUACACACAAGAACCCACACUGGUGAGAAACCUUUUGCCUGUUUGGAUUGUGGCCAAAAAUUCUCUGACAAGAGAAUCUUAAAAAGACACACCAAAACACACACUGGUGAGAAACCCUUUGCCUGUACAGAUUGUGGCCAAAGAUUCUCUCAGAAGGCACACCUAAAAAAUCACAGGAGAACCCACACUGGUGAGAAGCCUUUUGCCUGUUCACAUUGUGGCAAAAAAUUCUCUGACAAGAGAAACUUUAAACGGCACGCCAGAACACACACUGGUGAGAAACCUUUUGCCUGUUCAUACUGUGGCCAAAAAUUCUCUUUUAAGGGAAGCCGAAUUAACCACACAAGAACCCACGCUGGUGAGAAACCUUUUUGCUGCUCAGUUUGUGGCCAAAAAUCCUCUGACAAGAGAACCUUAAAAAACACACCAGAACACACACUGGUGAGAACAAACAACCUACAUCAAUCAGAGUUAAAAUGAUAAAAACUAAACAUUAAAUAUAAUAUUAAAUAAAAACGAAGUUGAUAAAGAAAGAACGGUAUUGAAAUAUCCAUGAUGAAUACAAGAGAAAAUUGACACAAGAGUGCUAGGGUGUGGAUGUAUAUGAUCCAGAUACAAACCAAAAGUUGUAAAAAUAUCACGGUUAAGGGUGAAGUAUGAGCCUUAAUGGAGACUUCUUUCUUCUUACUUUUUUCUUUUCUGAUUGAUAUAAAAAUGAUUUAUUAGAUAUAAACACAAAACGGGGUAGGACUAGAUAAGUUUUUCACUUCUUCCUAAUCCCUUGAACAUAACUGUCAAGUCAAGUCAACAGUAUUUAUAGAGCACUUUCAAACAGCCAUCGCCGGAUACAAAGUGCUGUACAUGGAGCGAUUUAACAUACACAAUAAACAGUAAGACGAAAUGGUAAUAAAGGCGGUAGAAAGCACCAAGCAGUAAAAUCAUGCUGAGUCGAACGCCAAAGAAUACAAGUGGGUUUUGAGGAGGGCUUUAAAGAUGGGCAGCGAGGAGGCUUGCCGAAUGUUCAGUGGGAGGUCAUUCCAGAGAGAGGGACCAGUAACAGAAAAGGCUCGAUCCCCUCUGAGCCUCAGUUUAGUUCUUGGUACUUCUAACAAAGACUGGUCCACAGACCUGAGGCGCCGGGCAGGUGUGUAGGGGCGGAUGAGCUCAGAGAGGUAAGGUGGCGCGAGAUUAUUUACAGAUUUGAAAACAAAGAGGAGGAUCUUGAAAAUAACUCUAAAAUGACUGGGGAGCCAAUGAAGGGAUGCCAGAGUAGGAGUUAUAUGCUCCCUCUUACGAGUACCAGUCAAGAGGCGAGCAGCGGCAUUCUGGACCAGCUGAAGGCGCUUAAUGGAGGACUGGCUGACUCCAAAGUACAGGGCAUUACAGUAAUCGAGCCGGGAUGUGACAAAGGCAUGGAUUACUGUCUCAAAGUGUUCAUGUGAGAGGAAAGGUUUUAUUUUGGCCAGCUGUCUAAGGUGAAAGAAGCUGGAUUUAACAACGGCACCAAUUUGCCGAUGGAGUUUGAAAUCACUGUCCAUUUUAAAGCCCAACUUUGAGACAGUUGAUUUCAAAUAAGGAGACAGGGGGCCCAAGUCUACAGGAUGGAAUGUACAAGGGCCACUGGGACCAAACAAUAUCACCUCUGUCUUCUUUUCGUUGAAUUUCAAGAAAUUUUGUGCCAUCCAGGUUUUGAUUUCACUGUGUCGAAUGAAGACUGAUUUCUUUCUUUUUACUAUUUUAUCUACCUUAUUUUCUGUCAAAUUAUUACUGUAUAUAUUCUAUGUUCAAUAAACAAAACAAACCAAAUCUGUUGCCUGUUCAGAUUGUGGAUUCUGUGGAAGAUUCUGUGAGAAGGCACACUGAAGAGGACACACAGAAAACCACAAUUGUGAGAAACAUUUUUCCUGCUCAUACUCUGGCCAAAUAUUCUCGUGGCAGUCUCAGAUUAAGAAUCACAAGUGUGAUGACGAGAUGAACAGUUAUCAAUGAAAUUUUCCACUCCCAUCUAAUAAGGUUUCAUCAGGCAAAUCGUAUUACAUCUACCUUAUUUAGAUGCUGAAAUUUUCCUUGAGUGCAUUGAAGUGUUUUUUUUAUUUGUUUAGUUGUUGUAAAGAAUUAGUACAAUUUCAUUGUUAAUAAUUUUAUAAUACUUUUGGAUUCUUCAUUACAUCCAUCCAUCCAUUUUCCGAACCGUUUGAUCCUCACUAGGGUCGCGGUGGGUGCUGGAGCCUAUCCCAGCCGUCUUCGGGCAGUAGGCGGGGGACAUCCUGAAUCAGUUGCCAGCCAAUCACAGGGCACACAGAGACGACCAUCCACAACCAUCCACGGCUACACUCACACCUAGGGACAGUUUAGAGUGUCCAAUCAGCCUGCCAUGCAUGUUUUUGAAAUGUGGGAGGAAACCGGAGCACCCGAAGAAAACCCAUGCAGGCCCGGGGAGAACAUGCAAACUCCACACAGGGAGGCUGGAGCUGGAAUCGAAUCCGGUACCUCUGCACUGUGAAGUGCUAACCACUGGACUACCGGGCCGCCUUAUCAUUACAUAUAAAUACAAAAUCCUCGUCUCUCAUCCCUCAGGUGGUGUCCGUCCCCCAUUCAGCUCGGGUCCUCUCCCAGAGGCCAGGAAGCUUUAGGGCUCUGCGCAGUAUCCUUGCUGUUCCCAGCACUGCACAUUUCUGGAUUGAGAUUUCCGAUGUUGUUCCCGGGAUCUGUUGCAACCACUCAUCUAGUUUGGGGGUCACUGCCCCGAGUGCUCCCAACCAACACAGGCACGACUGUCACCUUUACCUUCCGGGCUCUCUCCAGCUCCUCUCUGAGCCCUUGAUAUUUCUCGAGUUUCUCGUGUUCCUUCUUUCUGAUGUUUCCAUCACUUGGGACCGCUCCAUCCACUACAACGGCUUUCCUCUGCCCUUUAUCUAUGAUCACGAUACCUGGUUGUUUCUGCAGCCGAGCAAAACGACAGAAAACAAGUGAGCUGUCGUGUUGGUUCAUUUAAAAACUUUUACUGUUUUCAGGGGCUACCCCGGAGCAAAUUUGCAUGUGUGACCGCUCCACUGGCGCAGCACCGGAGCAAAUGUUGCCGUGUGAACACUCCUUUGGUUGAUGAGCCUCUGGUGAAUAAAGAGCAGACAUUCUGUUGAGUUCGAUGUAUGCCACUGACGCGAUUGUUACUUGUUUGGUACUAUUUUGUUUGGAAGGUUACUGUGUUCCGUGUCCAUAUAAAUAAUGGGGGGUUGCCGCCACGACAGGUACCUUACGGCCACAACUCAGAUUGGCCACCUCAACAAUAGAGGCACGGAACAUGGUACACUCGGACUCGAUGUCCCCCGCCUCCCCCGGAACAUGGGGAACUCCCACCUCUGUCGGAGGUGGGAGUUGAAACUCCUUCUGACGGGAUUCCGCCAGACGCUCCCAACAAACCCUCACAAUACGUUUGGGUCUGCCAGAACGGACUGGCAUCUUCCCCCACCAUCGGAGCCUACUCACCACCAGGUGGUGAUCAGUUGACGGCUCCGCCCCUCUCUUCACCCGAGUGUCCAGAACAUGCGGCCGCAAAUCCGAUGAUACAACCACAAGUUGCGUUUUUAAUUAGAUUAAAUAUUUUAAUCGUUUGAGACCUCUUAUAUAUAUUUGGAACUGAGUUGUGUUUUUUUAAAUGUAAUUUGUUUUAACUCAUUUUCAGAGGUUUGGUUGGUUGAUUUCGUUCUUUGUGUUUAGUUUUCUUUUU